CUAUUUAUAGAGUUUUUAAAACCUUUAAUCUGAACUAUCAAAGGUAAGAUAUAAACAUCCUGGUUUGAUGAAAUGGCCGCGAUGGCGUUCGCCAUAGUUUGGGUCUUGAUCUACGUACAAGUACCAUUCCUCUUUGGGUAUUUCGCAACACAAUUUGACCCAUCUUCAUUCCCCGUCGGUAAAAGCAACGCAUCAAUUAGAUGUUCUGUUUAUUUGUUUCAGUAUGGACUUUAUAAAGAAAUAACACUUGAUAUCCGCCAAAAUAAGAAUGAAAAAUUUAUAUCAGUCCUCAAAUGUAACGUGUCAGGGACACACCGGUUAAAUAACGAAACUAACUUUGAGGGCGUUAAUAUAUUGUCGUUUCGUGACGACCAAUGCUCGCUCCGUUAUUCUUCGUACAAUUACAUUGAACUUACUGUAUCCCUUCGAUCAGACAAAUGCAUUCUUGGUUCUCAAACUUCUGCAAGCUGGAGAUGUCUUUUUUCCAAUGGGACUAAUACUUUCAACAGUUCUGAAAAGAAUAUUUAUUCAAUAGAAGGUAAUUCCCCUCAAAAGAUACAAAGAAUCUCCAUUCUCAACCGGGAAACGUCUAAGUCAAUGUAUGAAACUGAUGACGUUUUGCAGCUGCAGUGCAUUGGAGAAGUAGACAGUAUCAAUUCCUGGCCAAGUAAGGAUAUCCGUUGGUGUCGAAAAGAAAGUGGAAAAUUCCAGAUUCUUUCAUUUCAAGAUCCUCCGCGCACAGACGUAGUAAAAAGAAGCAUAGAUGGAUGUACUGUUAUGCAAAGCUCAGUCUUAUUUUAUCGUGUCUCGCAAAAUGACACUGCCUUAGAGAUUAUGUGUGAGUCGGGUUGGGGUUAUCCCUGUGGAGCAAAAGGCAUCAGUGCAAAACUAAGUAUACCAACCACUGACACCCAACCAGAAAAAUGGAGAAUGUGGCCAGUUCUUAUUCACGACAAAAAGUCUUUGCUCAGCCCAGGACACAUAGAAUUAGAUGGAUCUGGAAAAACCAUCCAUUUGCAGUGCACAGCGUCUGUUCUCUCCCUUAAUACAUCAUUAGCGAAUAUAAUUAAUUGGUGUGUAAGAAAGCAAAACGAUGCAACAUGGACAACGGUAAAUCUACAGGGGAAGAAGAAAGUAGCAACCUCAGACAUCAGCGGAGAAAUAACAAUUUUCAGUAAAAUAGAGUAUCACGUCACAAUAUACGACACAGAUGUACACUUCAUGUGUGAAAUAUCCCAAUAUUCUUCGUGUGGAAAUGGAUUGGCGUCUUCCAACAUAUCAUUACACGUUGUUGGUGAAGCACAGAACCAGAUUGGUAACGAACCGGAUUGCAGCAAGGCUGGAGUAGCGGUAGUUUCAGUUCUACUCGUUAUUGUGGUGAUUUCUACACUACUCUUUUUGACACUUUUAUGUAGGAGGAAACAAAUUCGCUUAUCUGGAAUGGUAAUUAAAAUUGAAAGUGAAAAGAAAUAUUUUCUCGAACAUGAAACCAACAGUACAACAUUGUCUGCGAAUGGAAAUUGCACUAUAAGCCAGACACAAAGCAGUAUACGUUAUGUGGAGAACCCGUCCACACGUGUUGGUGUUCAAAGGAGCGAAAUCGAAAUUAAUUCAGUAGAAGAUGCAAAAGGUGACGACAUGGAUCAAGACUGCUAUGACAAUGCCAGUGAAAAUUAUGAAUCAACAAACUACGAUAUUACAGUUGGAAGACAAAGUUUUUAUGAAAAUCAGGCUCUGGAACAUGAAAGAAAUUUAUCGAUUUACGAAGAUGCCAUAAAUGAGGAAACGGAGCAAGAUUACGAUGUCUUGAAAUUAUAGUGAACAAAGUCAUGUUAUCUAAAUGUGUUUUCUGGCUUUAAAUUCAAACAAGAAAAAAAAUCACUGUAAAUAUCAAAAAUACAUGCAUUAUUGUCAACUAUGCAUAUAUAUGUCCUUGAAUCAAGAAUGUUCUCAAUACCCUAUAUCAUAUUAGUGGAAAAUAGUGAAGGUAUGAAAAAAGUAAUUGUGUGUAAAAACCAUUCAAAUAUUUUCGUGGUCAAAUAUCACUAGAUAUUUGCCUUCUGGCAUUAUAUUUCUAACAAAUUAUGGUCAAGUCCAGAUGGAUGCAUGAGUUGUUUUUUUUUAAUUUGGCGUUCAAAUUUAGAAAUUGUUUGAUCAUUCACAGUCAGCUAAAUACAGUUAAUCUAGAUAUAGGUCUAUAGCCAUCUUACAAUCCUAUACGUAUGGCAAUCCUUUAACUCAUUUAUUCAAGUAACAAAAACAAUUUUUACGCUGUUGCAUUAGCCGUGCAUGCAAAAGUAUGCCGUUGUCAACGUUUUUUAACAAUCCUAAACAACACUUACACUUCAUUUUACAUGUAUCGAACUCUGGAUCCAUCUGUUUGUCGAACAUAACUAUACAUAUAUAAUAUAUUUGUUUUUGUUACAAUAAAUGUACAUAAAACAAGGGUUGAUCCAAAAGUAAUGUCACAUUAUGCACUGCAUUUUACACUGGCGCUGUAUAAAAUUAUGCAUGAAAUUUGUUCUUAUCAAAAUUCUAAUUUGAAGUAAAAUUUUGAUUAAAUUACAUGAAGCUACAUUCAAGACUUCUCGAAGAGACCUCGACAAACUGAUCGCACGUUAGAUAAGAUCCAACACACU